UACUCAUUGUAUCAUAUUCCAUUUCAAUUACACACUGAACAACAUGAUGCAUGUGCAGCCCUCACGCUUCCAAUCAAACUGUCCAAAUGCUUGUAGGCCUUUCAAAUGCACAUCACAUGGCUCUUGCACAAAGGCCAUGUGACCUUUGUGCGCUUUAAUACGUAUGAAAGACUUUUAUCUACCUUUAAACUUCCUUAACAAAAAAACCCCAAAACAAAUCAAGUGAAUUCUACACUGUUGCGUAGUGGGGUCGUUAAGUUAAGGACUGAAGUUUGAACUUAAAUUGUCCCUGCAGCGCUGUGAACAUGAUUGUACUGUAAAUACACGGGGGAGCGUCUGAGGGAGAAAGAGGCGUACAGAUGAGAGCCAAUAACACCGAGGCGGGUUUAAAGGCGUCGACAACACGCGGUGGCUUCAUCACUUCCUGGAUGAAGAUGGCGGAUGAGAAUGAGACAGCACCGAUGCCGGAGAGUCCAGAUGUAGAGGACCACGGACAUUGCAGCGACUGUGAGAAUGAAGAGCACCAGUCUGACGACGGUGACAGGGGUCUGGCUGACGACACUGGUGCCAAGAAGAAGAAGAAGAGGCAGAAAAAGAAGAAGAAAUCUGGUGCCACAGAAGCAGCUCAGGACACCCUUGCCAAGGUGAAUUCAUUGCCAGCUGAUAAGCUACAGGAGAUCCAAAAGGCUAUUGAACUGUUCUCUGUCGGGCAAGGCCCUGCCAAAACCAUGGAAGAGGCAAGUCGGAGGAGUUACCAGUUUUGGGAUACACAACCUGUGCCCAAGCUAGGGGAGACAGUGACGUCACACGGAUGCAUUGAGCCGGAUAAAGACCAAAUCCGAGAGGAGCCCUACAGCCUUCCACAGGGCUUCAGCUGGGACACCCUUGACCUGGGAGAUCCUGCUGUGCUCAAAGAACUGUACACUCUUCUCAACGAGAACUAUGUGGAAGAUGAUGACAACAUGUUCAGAUUUGACUACUCGCCUGACUUCCUCCUCUGGGCCUUGCGGCCCCCUGGCUGGCUGCCCCAGUGGCACUGUGGUGUGAGGGUUAACUCCAACCAGAAGCUGGUGGGCUUUAUUAGUGCCAUUCCUGCUACUAUCCGCAUCUAUGACGCAGAAAAGAAAAUGGUCGAGAUCAAUUUCCUCUGUGUCCACAAGAAGCUUCGCUCCAAGCGAGUCGCCCCGGUUCUGAUCAGAGAGAUCACCAGACGGGUCAACCUGCAGGGCAUCUUUCAGGCAGUGUACACUGCUGGAGUGGUACUGCCCAAACCUGUAGGCACAUGCAGGUACUGGCAUCGUUCUCUGAACCCACGCAAACUAAUUGAGGUGAAAUUCUCUCACCUGAGCAGGAACAUGACUAUGCAGCGCACCAUGAAGUUAUACCGCCUCCCUGAGGCUCCGAAGACAUCGGGCCUGCGGCCAAUGACCAAGAAGGAUGUGCCUCUUGUGCAUCGCCUCCUCCGCGAGUACCUGAACCUGUUCAGCCUGGUUCCUGUAAUGAGCCAGGAAGAGGUGGAACACUGGCUUCUGCCCCAGGAGAACAUUAUUGACACUUAUGUGGUGGAGAACGGUGGCAAAGUGACAGAUAUUGUGAGUUUUUACACAUUGCCCUCUACCAUCAUGAAUCACCCGGUGCACCGCAGUUUAAAGGCAGCGUACUCCUUCUACAACGUGCACACCACCACCCCACUGCUCGACCUGAUGUCUGACGCCCUCAUCUUGGCCAAAUCGAAAGGGUUUGAUGUCUUCAAUGCACUGGAUCUAAUGGAAAACAAGACUUUCUUGGAGAAGCUAAAGUUCGGCAUUGGUGACGGGAACCUCCAGUAUUAUCUGUACAAUUGGAAGUGUCCCAGUAUGGGGUCAGAAAAGGUUGGGUUGGUGCUGCAGUGACCUCCCUCUACGUCAUAAAUGAGUGUCACCAACAGACCAGGAGACCACACCACCAUCGCACUGACCACCUGACGGAUGGACUGAUGACUUCCUGCUCCAGGAAAGGAAAGACCCACCGCCCAUUUUUACUUUUUGACCUUUUGAACUUUGAAACCUGCACUACCGCUGCCAGGCGUGGAGAUGAGAAGAGUCCUCAGCUCUUUCUCCUGCCUCAGUCACACGGACCUUAAGCCAUUGUAGUUGCCAUCACAAAACAACUGUGUCGCAUCUGAAAGCUGUCUUGACUGUACCAAACACAUACACACAGGAGAACAGUCGCACAGAUUACUCUGUGCCAAACACUCACAUUGGACAUUCUUUCAAACUGUUCAAUAAUUGUAAAUAAUUGUGAACAAAAUUGCGGAUUAUGCCCCAACACAUACAGAUGAGAACCUGUGGUUUUUAUUUUAUUCUAAAUAUUAUGUGCUUUUCUUUUUUCUUUUUUUGGCAACUAAAACGCAUCUGCCAUUCUUCAGGUUUUAGAGAUGAAAGCAAAUGAUCAGAAAAUAUUUUAAGGUGGAAAAGGCUCAAAAAGAUGAGGUAAUAAAUACCAAAUGUGACACCGGAUAAGGGCUUCUGCUAAGAUUUCUCUCAUGUCCUUUUUUAUUAGUUAUUAUUUCUCAUCUAACCCUCUGUUCCAUCAGUCAUUCUAAAGAUGUCCCACUCUGCUUGAAGACGUGUAUCCCAGAACUGGUGCGGGUCAUCCAGAGGUUUUCUCAUCUGUAUUAACUUUCAUGAACUUACUGCACUAACUAAGAACAUGCAGGAGAAAGAAACUGACUAAUAAUAACAAACCAACUUGACUGGAGGAGAAUAAUCUGAAUCGUUUUUGGUUGAGCUUUGACUGCUACAGAGAGGUGGAAAGACAUUUUUGAUAGUGUUUAAUCAACACGUGUUAUGAGCAGGUAUCGGAUUUAGCUUUGUCCAGUUACAAUGUUAACCCGGAGUCAUUUCAAUUUUGAUGCCUAUUCUCAAUGUUUCAAGGGCUUGGGUCAAAAUAGGAAAAUACUUGACAGUUAUUUUUUUUUUGGAAGUCUAAAAACAAUAAAUAAUAAUAAUCAAAUAAUAAUAUGGAUAUACAUACCCAAAAGGAAAGUGUCAAACUCCCGGGGGACAGGUUUAUAUGUACAUUUUAAGCACUGUGUCAGACUUUUUGCUUGAUAAAGGCUUAAUCAAA